GGCUUUGUGGAACACUUUGAAGCUUAGAUUGCUACAGUACAUUUGUACUACUCAAAUAACAAUAUGUCGCAGGGACAUUCGUAUAAAUCUGUGUUUGGGUAUUUUCAGGUGCACGUGUUUGAUCGAGAAACGAUCGGGUAUAGUGACAGCGACGUUUAGACAGUUUAAGAGCGAUCGUAGACUGACAGUUGUGUGACAGCAUGGGAAAAAAGAAUAAAAAGGAAAAGAAGGGGAAGGGCAUCGAGAAGACUGUUCAGAAAACACAGAAAAAGGCAGAAAAACGAGCGAAGAAAGAGCUUGCUGAGAAGGGAGAGGAAGACAUCGAGAGUUUGAUUGCGGAGUUUCAGGCAAAGGAUAAGAGACUCACACAAGUCAUAGAAGAAAAAUGUGGUCCGCCUUCGCCAAGAUGCAACAUGUCACUGACUGCCCAUCCAGAGAAGGAUGAACUCAUCAUGUUUGGAGGGGAAUACUACACCGGAAACAAGAUGUUUUUGUACAAUGAUUUGUAUUUCUACAACAUCAGAAAGAAUGAGUGGCACAAAGUUACGUCCCCCAAGCAGCCCCCACCUCGCAGUGCCCACCAGGCUGUGAGUCUCCACCAGGGUGGGGGGCAGCUGUGGGUGUUUGGCGGGGAGUUCUCCAGCCACACCCAGUCCCAGUUCUACCACUACAAGGACCUGUGGGUGCUGCAUCUCAAGAACAAGCACUGGGAAAUGAUCAACUCCCCAGGGGGGCCAACAUCUCGAAGCGGUCACAGAAUGGUUGCAGUCAAGAGGCAGCUGAUAGUGUUUGGUGGUUUCCAUGACAACACCAGAGACUACAAGUACUACAACGAUGCAUAUGCCUUCAAUAUGGAUACUUACACAUGGUCCAAGCUGGAAGUGUCCGGAACUGUUCCUUCCCCUCGAUCUGGUCAUGUUAUCGCUGCCGUCCCUGACCUCUCCAAGGUCAUUGUUUAUGGAGGAUACAGCAAGGAGAAGGUCAAGCGAGAUGUGGACAGAGGUGUAACUCAUGUGGACAUGUUUGCUCUGAUGCCGGAAGGGCGUAUCAAGGAUGACACUGUGCCGAUCAAGUGGAGGUGGACGACAGUCAAGCAAGGCGGAAAACACCCCAGCACUAGAUGUGGCAUUUCAUUGGCUGUUGCCCCUGGUAACAGGGCUGUCUUGUUUGGAGGUGUUUUUGAUGAGGAUGAAAACGAUGAACAAAUGAAGAGUGUAUUUUACAAUGACAUGUACCUGCUGGAGUUGGAGAAGGCGUCCAUACACUCGGAGAAGGCGAGAUGGCACUCCAUUACACUCAGGGGAAAGAAGGAUGAAGGGGAGAAGAAGAAGCGGCGGAAGGAGAAGGGGGAGGAAGAUAUGGAGGAAGAGGCAAUGGAGGUUGCAGAGGAAAAUCUAGAGAAUUUGUCACUUAAGAACGAAUCCGGGGAAGAUGGUGCUGUUUCUUCAGAGACCACAUAUGAUGACGGUAUAUUCAAAGUGACAAUCGGCCCACAAGGGGGCGCUGUUGAUGAAGAUGGGGAACCUGUAGAGGGUGGAAUGGAUGUGGAUCUGUUCAGGCCCUCACCGCGGAUGAAUCCCCUCGUGACUGUUAAGAAUGGAGUGCUGUACAUGUAUGGGGGAAUAUUUGAGGAUGGAGACAAACAGCUGACUCUAGCAGACUUCUACUCCUUGGACCUCAACAAGCUGGAGGAAUGGAAGGUCAUCAUUGCUGAGGACAAGAAACUUCAGGUGUGGGAGGAAUCCGAUUCAUCUGAUGAUGAUGAUGAUGAUGCUGAGAAGAUGGAUGAGGCCUGCGGGGGAGAGGAGGAUGACGAUGAUGAUGAAGAUGAUUCUGACAUGGAUAUAUGUUUCGAUGAUGCACCAGCGUUGACGGAGGGUGAGUCAGUCACGGACUACUUUGAGCGGACGCGGGAGUACUGGAUGACCAAGGCCCAGGAGUUCAGUGAUGAGGAGGGUCUGGGAGUGAAGGGGAAAACACUGGUCAAACUGGCCAGGGACUUGUGUAAAAGUGCCUGCAGUAACAGUUGAGGGGAGGUAACUCUUGGAAUACUCUCGUAGAGCCAAGCCAUGCGUGAACCCUCCUGAAGGAUUGCACAGUGAUCUUCAAGAUUUAUGCUUUGUCAGCUUGAUACACUGACAUGAGAGUGGAAUAUGUCAUGAAUGGAUUAACUUCUCUGACAUCAUUGCAAGUUUGGAAUGGACAGUCUGUUAGAUUAAGAAAUGUUAAAUACCCAAAACCAAAGAUGUAUAUAUACAUGUACAUAUGUUUAUACGUCUUUGCCAAUACUGAUGGUUAAUUUUGAGGGUUUUAGGUCAGUGUUUGAAAAUAAAUAAAUAUUUUUGUAUGUUGGUUCCUCAAGACAUGUGACAGCUGAUCAUAGGAUGACAAUUGUUAUGCCCUGGAUAAACAAUAGGCAAAAGGGAAAUCUGAAACCAAGAAUGAAAUUGUGUCAUGGAAUAUGUUGUGUCUGCAUCACCAGUCAUGAAGAUGUUGCAGGGCAAAGAGUGUUGGUAACCAGCCUAUAUGUGAAGCUUACUCACAUCAACCACCAUGCAUGUUUAGUCAGGGAAAGGUUAUGAUGCUGAUUAAGAUUUCAAAGACAAACAAAUGUGUCACUGUAAAUGUUGGUGCUUGUUAUGGAAUGAGAAUAGAUGUAUUUAGCAUUUGAAAUUCAAAUGGAAUGAAUGGAAAAUGAACAAUUAGAUUUCACGAACUUGUUGACGGAGGAUGUGGUGGUAGGUUCAGCCCUGAUAGAGACAACUGCAUUGCUGUACACAACAUGCUGGUUGAAGUGUUUCCUGGCCUGGCCAGAGAUCCAGGCUGGCAUCUCAACCGACCUGACUUCAGAUCCUGGGUAUUGGUAUUUUAUGGUGUCUGUUGCUUUACUUUUUAAAAUGUUUUUGAUUUUUUUUUUUUCCCUUUUCAAUAAACGUCUAUGCUAUC